UUUCUUCAAAACUAGUCAAAUUUAGUUACUGGACAGUAACUGUGACUCUUAAGCGAAAAGAAUGAGAAAUUGCUUCGAACAAAGAGAAUGUCGCUCCCUGAUCGUAACAAUUGCAUGUUGCUUGACAUCAUUUUUAUUUUUCUCGUUAAAUUAUCAACUUAAAUAUUUUGAGAAAGGGAGACAUGCAAUUUUCAUGGAAAUCAAUACAAAAAUGAAAUCAUCAGAGAUAUCAGAAGAAUCCAAAAACGAAUUCCCAUUGUGCCGUAGUAAUCUGUUAGAUAAACGGGACUAUCACUACGAAGAGUUGGCUAGAAAAUUCUGCAAUAGCAGCAAAUUAAUUCCGAAAAACAAUUCUCGGAAAUCUUGUCACUUACUACAGUACACGACUAAACAUGUUGUUACAUGUUUCGAUGCUUUACAUCAAGAACAGAUCACUCGAAUGCAUUUAAAUGUGCGAAAAAUUUCAAAGAGGUCAAACAAAUUGCAUUUUGUAUUCAUAGGAGAUUCAAGAAUUCGACAACAAUUUUAUAAUUUUUUAAAGUUAAUUCCUAAUUACGAUCGUGAUACGAAACCCCCGAUUUUGCUUCAUAACUCACCUUUUUUCCAUGGAGACAAAAUCGAAGUCUACAGCAGCAUUCUCAGAUUGCGUAUCUCAUUUUUAUGGAGACCUACAAUCAACGAUUCACUUGUCGGGACAAUAAAACACUGGACACAAUCCGAAGAAAACAAAAGACCUACAUUGAUAUUUUUAGGAAUGGCUACUCAUUUUAUGCUUCAAAUGAAUGGUGCAAGUUAUGGACUUUACGAAGAAAGAAUAAGGGAACUGAGUGCCAUUCUCGGACAAUUGACUGAUUUCAGUAAAGUUAUAUGGCUUAAUCAAUACCCAACUGUGGAAUUGUAUGGAGACACCGAUUCACACAACACUGAUGUUCAUUCCCGCAAGAUUCAUCAGUACAAUGAAGUCACUCGGAAAAUAUUGAACCACCAGAGGACUAUUGUUGGGGGUAAUUUAGACAGGCGAUUGGGUACUAUGAAGUUGGACUACAUGGUGGAGUAUGCGGAACACUUUAAACGACCUUUUUUUAAUAAGUUAACCCAGAAUUGUCCGGUUCAUACCAUUUGAUUUUAAUGGAUUAAAUUCUGCAAUUAAUUACUGGAAUUCAGAAAUAAUUUUUACACUAACAAAGGGGACACAUAUUUAUUGUAUGUGUUGUAAAAACAUGUUGGUUUUGAGGAUAAGUUCUUCAUUUGGGAUGGUUCAAUUAUAACUGCGAUCGUCGAAUUUUGACACCGUUUUUUUAUAAACUAUUUGUUUCUUAAAAUCUAUUGUUUUUAAACGUUUAUAAUGGAGAACUAAAAAAAAUACAAGGGUAACCCACUCAGACAUUAGGGUACGAAUAUUUACGUAAUUUGCGUAAUUUACUA